AGCGGGGGCACGCAUGGUGCGCUCUGGAUCGCCGGGGGUCCGCCGUCUGGCGCUGCGCCACGUGCUUUGAUCCGCGCUGAUGUCAAGUGGGUGUGGGCUCCUUAGAAAGGCCCAGGCGAGGACGAGGAGGGCGCGCGAUGCGCUGCCGGCGCGCUGAGGCCCCGGCGCACUCCGCCGCCCUGCGCCGUUGACCGGUGGCGGGCCCCGGCUCUCGCAGGGAGCGCAUGGAGCCGUGGCGCUGCCCACCCGGGGACGCGUGCCCCGCCGCCUUGGGGGGCCGGCGGGGGCCACCGCGGGGGACUUGCAGCCAUAACCAGCAGACCACAGCGUUCAGGCAUCCUGUGAGUAGGCAGUUUUCUCCAGAAAAUAGCGAAUUUAUUCUUCAAGAAGAGCCAAAUCCACAUAUGUCAAAGCAGGAGCGAAACCAAAGACCAUCCAGCAUGGUCAGUGAAACGUCCACAGCCGGGACCACUUCCACCGUGGAGGCCAAGCCUGGCCCCAAGAUCAUGAAGUCCAGCAGUAAAGUCCACAGCUUUGGCAAGAGAGACCAGGCCAUUCGGAGGAACCUCAGUGUUCCAGUGGUUGUGCGGGGCUGGCUGCACAAGCAGGACAGUUCUGGGAUGAGGCUGUGGAAAAGGAGAUGGUUUGUGCUUGCUGAUUAUUGCUUGUUUUACUAUAAAGACAGCCGAGAAGAAGUGGUCCUUGGGAGCAUCCCUCUGCCCAGCUACGUGAUCUCACCUGUGGCCCCUGAAGAUCGCAUAAGUCGCAAGUAUUCCUUUAAGGCCGUGCACACGGGGAUGCGAGCGCUCAUCUAUAACAGCUCCAGCGGGGGCUCUCAGGCCGAGCAGUCGGGCAUGAGGACGUACUACUUCAGCGCCGACACCCAGGAGGACAUGAAUGCAUGGGUCAGGGCCAUGAACCAGGCUGCGCAGGUGCUGUCUCGCUCAUCACUGAAGAGGGACGUGGAGAAGGUGGAGCGGCAGGCUGUCCCUCAGGCCAACCACGCAGAGUUCUGUCAGGAAUGUGGCCGUGUGGGACCUGGACACAUGCGGGACUGUCCUCAUUGUGGCCAUGAGGACUCCUUUGGCUUUGAGAGGCAGGAGCAAGAGGAAGAACGGCACCAUCCCCAGAGGGACCCACUGGAGGGCAAGUGGGACCGGAGCAAGGCCAGGUCCCCAUAUUCACCAGCCGAAGAGGAUGCCCCAUUUGUGGAUUUACCCGGUGGAGUGAGAGGCCAGCAGGCACAGCCCCAGCGGGCAGAGAAGAAUGGCACACUGCCCAUUCCGUAUGGCCCAGGAGAGCAGAAUGGGACUGGCGGGUACCAACGGGCCUUUCCUCCCAGGACCAACACUGAAAAGCACAGCCAGAGGAAGAGCAGCCUGGCCCAGGUGGAGCAGUGGGCCAAAGCCCAGAAGGGGGACGGCAGGAGCCUGCCCCUGGACCAGACCCUUCCUCGCCAGGGUCCUAGCCAGUCCCUGUCCUUCACAGAGAACUACCAGACUCUUCCCAAGGGCACCCGGCACCCUUCAGGGGGCUCACCCCCUCCCCGCAACCUGCCGAGUGACUACAAGUAUGCACAAGACCGAGCCAGCCACCUGAAGAUGUCAAGUGAGGAGCGCCGGGCGCACCGGGAUGGCACCGUGUGGCAGCUCUACGAGUGGCAGCAGCGCCAGCAGUUCCGGCACGGCAGCCCCACGGCACCCAUCUGUGCCGGCUCGCCGGAGUUCACUGACCAGGGCCGGAGCAGGAGCAUGCUAGAGGUGCCCCGCUCCAUCUCGGUGCCUCCGUCUCCCUCAGACAUUCCUCCCCCGGCUCUCCCGAGGGUCUUCCCUCCCCGGCGGCCACACACUCCUGCAGAGAGGGUCACUGUGAAGCCACCCGACCAGAGGAGGAGCGUGGACAUCUCACUGGGGGGUUCUCCCAGGAAGGCGCGAGGCCAUGCCACCAAGAACUCCUCUCAUGUGGACCGGCGCUCCAUGCCCUCCAUGGGCUACAUGACCCACACUGUCAGCGCUCCCAGUUUACAUGGGAAAUCGCUGGAGGAGCUCUCCCUGCUUCUCACCCGGUUGCAGCAGCACCAGGCCAGGUUGGCCAGUGUGCGGAAUUUCGCCAUUGGCCAGUUACUGCAGCACCAGCUGACUGUCCCCACCUGCCAGGCUGACGAUACCUACCUCCAGCUGAAGAAAGACCUGGAGUACUUGGAUCUAAAGAUAAAAAAUAAUGAGCCUUUGAUCAACGUGCUUUACAAAGUGCUGAAGAAGUCAGCACGGGGCUGUCAGCCCAGGAGAAGCAUGACUGCCCGGGACCUUCUCAAGGAUCGAAGUCUGAAGCCAGUGAAGAUCGCCGAGAGUGACAUUGACGUCAAACUGAGUGUCUUCUGUGAACAAGACAGGAUCCUCCAGGACUUGGAAGACAAGAUCCGGGCUCUCAAGGAGAACAAAGACCAGCUAGAGUCUGUGCUGGAGGUGUUGCACAGACAGACGGAGCAGUACCGAGACCAGCCCCAGCACCUGGAGAAGAUUGCCUACCAGCAGAGGUUGCUGCAAGAGGACCUUGUCCACAUCCGGGCGGAGCUCUCCAGAGAGUCCACUGAGAUGGAAAACGCCUGGAAUGAAUACCUGAAGUUGGAGAGUGACGUGCAGCAGCUGAAGCAGACCCUGCAGGAGCAGCACAGAAGAGCCUUUUUUUUCCAGGAGAAGUCGCAGAUACAGAAGGAUCUCUGGAGGAUUGAAGAUGUUGUUGCAGGCCUGAGUGCAAAUAAAGAGAACUUCAGGGUCCUGGUGGAAUCGGUCAAAAACCCAGAGAGAAAAACGGUGCCUUUGUUUCCUCGCCCACCUGUGCCUUCACUCUCGAUGUCUGAGAGCAAGCAGCCGCUGCAGCCCAGCCCUCCCACCAGCCCUGUGCGGACCCCUCUGGAGGUUCGACUCUUCCCCCAGCUGCAAACCUACGUACCGUACCGACCUCACCCGCCCCAGCUGAGGAAAGUGACAUCCCCCCUUCAGUCACCAACCAAGACGAAGCCCAAGGCUGAAGAUGAGGCACCUCCCAGGCCCCCACUCCCUGACCUCUACAGCCCAGAGGACCAGCCCCCGGCUGUGCCCCCUCUGCCGAGAGAGGCCACUGUCAUUCGGCACACGUCGGUGAGGGGCCUCAAGCGGCAGUCGGACGAAAGGAAGCGAGAUCGGGAGCAGGGGCAGUGUGUGAAUGGGGACUCGAGGGGGGAGCUCCGGUCCUAUGUCAGUGAGCCUGAGCUGGUGACCUUCAGUGCAGACAUGGCCCAGCCCUCCCUGGGACUCGUGGGCCCUGAGAGCAGGUACCAGACGCUGCCAGGCAGAGGGCUCUCGGGAUCCACAUCAAGGCUCCAACAGUCGUCCACCAUUGCUCCCUACGUCACCCUCCGGAGGGGUCUGAGUGCCGACAGCAGCAAGGUGACCCUCCCCAGACCCAAGAGUGCCUUGGAGCGCCUGUACUCGGGGGACCACCAGCAGGGCAAGAUGAGUGCCGAGGAGCAGCUGGAGCGCAUGAAGCGCCACCAGAAGGCGCUGGUCCGCGAGCGCAAGAGGACGCUGAGCCAAGGAGAGAGGACGGGGGCGCCCUCGCCCCGCUACCUCACCCAACUGCUGCCUGGAGAUCUCAGCUCAUGGAAGCGUGAGCAGGACUUUGACCUGCAGUUGCUGGAACGGGCCAUGCAAGGGGAAAGAAAGGACGAGGAGAAUGGCUGGUUGAAAGUGCAGGCCAUGCCUGUCACUGAGCUGGACCUGGAACCACAAGACUAUGACUUGGACAUCAGCAGAGAGCUGGCCAAACCAGAGAAGGUCUCCAUACCCGAGCGUUACGUGGAGCUGGAUCCUGAAGAACCACCCAGCCUUGAGGAGCUGCAGGCACGGUAUCGCAAAGCUGAAAAGAUCCGCAGCAUUCUCGCCCGGUCCAGCAUGUGCAACCUGCAGCCCCCAGCAGGCCAGGACUGGAACAGCGUGGCCAACCUGGACUCGCAGCUGCAGGAGCAGGAGCGCAUCAUCGACAUCUCCUACGCGCUGGCCUCCGAGGCCUCCCAGCGCAGCAAGCAGGUGGCAGCACAGCAGCUGGCCCUCCCGCCUAAAGGCCCCCUGUCCUCCAGGACGGUGCCACCUUAUCCCCCCUUAAGCAACGGACUCCACUACACCUUUGUCUAACACCUUCCAACCCAGGCAGUGACUGAUCCGUGACCCAGCAUGCAGAGAAGAAGUCUGAAGCCAGGGGCGCAGUGAAAGAAGUUUCCUCUGAGAAGAUUGAUCUUCCUUCCCCUAAGGACACUCCUUCCAGCUAAGCAGGAGUUCUCGCUGCAGGAGGAAGCAACCCACCCACUGUGGGGUGUUCACCACAGGGCUAGGUCCUGACAACCCUGCACCCCACUUGUUUUAGUUCAGGCUUCUUUUUACAAAUGACAGAGGCACUUUUGAUACACACUGUAAAAUACACUGUAUUUUAGAAUCAGAAUAUAUUUUAUAAUGUUCACCUCAAGGGCUGAGUGGCUGGAAAGGUGAGGAUGCAGGAUUCUGGAGUUGCAUGUACAGAUUCAGGUUGCGUGUGGGUGGUAGGUGUGGGUGGGGGGAGAAGGGCAGGGCAGGCAGAGGCCAGCCCAACAUCCGAUAAACUCAGGUGAAGGUUGGAUUUGAGACAUGCUUUCAGUGGAUUCCAGCUCUGCAGAGUGAAACUCCGCUGGGCUGGCAGGUGCAACCCAAGCUGUGCCUUGGCCCCUGGGUUUGGUUGAGGGGCAAUGGUGUGUUCAAGAGCUUUGGGUCCCAACCCACCCAAGAGGUUCUCUCAGCAAAGGGCUCUUAUCUGGUGGGGGGAAGGGGGAAGGCAGUUGGCUUUAAUUAAAAAAACAAACAAAACACCCCUUUGAAAUACAGAAAAAGAGAGAGGAAGCACCUUUUAUUGUAUCAUAAGCAAUAAUCUUCAUACUGGGUGGCAUCUACCUAAAAGCCCCUGACUGUACAUGAGACUGUGAUGGGAAUCCUGGGACCUUCGUUGCCUGUCCUGUGAGAACCUAGGUCAGCCUCCCUAGGACUUGGGUCUGGUGGCAGGAGGGCAGGCAGUGUGCCCCACCAUGCCCGAUGGCCAGCAGCCAGCAGGGCCACAGUGGCAAUACUGACUUGACUUCCAGCCUAAAAUGAUGAGGGAGCUGCCAAGCCAGGUGCAGUGUUGGUGGCCCUUAAGUCAUGAGUUCAUAAUAUUCUGCAUACAGAAAAUGAUGUUUAGAAGGAAAGAAAAGAAAGCUCCAUUGGGUGGAGCCACACUUUAAAUGAAAAUUUGUCUUUGACUUUGGUCAGAAAAAGUAUCUUGAAUAUAUUUAGAAGUCACCAUCUAUUUUUAACCAACUCCAUAUGCUGUCGGUAUCAACUUCAUGACACUUGCCAAAAUAAGAUUUUAUUUUUGCCUUUAUAAGAUUUUGUUGGAAAAAUGAAAAUAUUUUGCAAGGAAAAGUUAAUUUAAAUAAAAGUGUAAUGGUUUGCAAAAAAAAAAUGUGAUGUACAGAUUAAAAUAUUAGCCUGA